AUGGACUCGUUGAUCAAGAAGGCCAAUCAAGGUGGAAGGUUUGGGAGUUCUGAACAUAUACAACACUGGCAGUACGUCUGGCACACUCCAACUAGAGACGAGGAGGCUGCUGGGCGAACUUCGGAACUAGAUGCGGGGGCUACUGCUGCCAAAGGGAACAACCAGUCUCAGGGGGACUCUCUGGAUCAACCGGAAAGUUUCCCGUUCAAGUUCAAAACGUGGAAGAGGGCAGAUGAAUGUGAAUGGGAUACAGUAGAGGACACUUUGGUUCCUCUCGAUCUGGAUAACUUUGAUAUAACUAAAGUUGUACAGGAUCAAUCAGCAGUCAAAGGUGGCCACGAAAAGGAGACGCAAAGCAUGGACGGUCUUACAGAAGACGAUAUUAGAGGCGCAGUAGGCGGAUCUGAGUCGAUACCGGGACUCUCUGGAAGCUCUGCACCUAACACCGAGGUUAAGGCGGUCUCUACAACAGCAGAGACCCCAAAUGUCGAUACUCCAAAGGGAUAUUCCUCUGAGGAAUCGCCAGGGGAAUCCCCAGAGAAAUUUGCUGCUGUUGCUACAGCUACAACUACUCCGGGCUUGGAGUCUAAUGCAGACGAGGAGAUGGAUACACUUACCCCGGCUUCUACGCUGGCAGGGGAAACAAAGAGAACUCCAGCGCUGAGCAAUCAAACGACGACCCCAAUGAAGACGUAA